CCCUUCCCUCUCCUCCUCUUCCUCCCGCAGCCAAGAAGAAGAACAAGAAGGGGAAGACGCUGACGCUGACGGAUUUCCUGGCUGAGGACGGGGGGGGCGGCGGCCCCACCUACAUCCCCAAACCCGUCAGCUGGGCCGACGAGACCGACGACCUCGAGGGGGAUGUGUCCACCACUUGGCACAGCAACGACGACGACGUGUACCGGGCGCCGCCGAUCGACCGCUCCAUCCUGCCCACGGCGCCGCGGGCCGCGCGCGAGCCCAACAUCGACCGCAGCCGCCUGCCCAAAUCCCCCCCGUACACGGCAUUCCUGGGAAACCUGCCCUACGACGUCACCGAGGAAUCCAUCAAGGACUUCUUCCGGGGCCUCAACAUCAGCGCCGUGCGCCUGCCCCGGGAACCCACCAACCCCGAGCGGUUGAAGGGCUUCGGCUACGCCGAGUUCGAGGACAUCGAUUCCCUGUUCCAGGCUCUGAGCCUCAACGAGGAGUCCCUCGGGAACAGAAGGAUACGAGUGGAUGUGGCCGAUCAAGCUCAGGAUAAAGACCGGGAUGAUCGCUGCUUCGGCAGAGACCGGGAUCGCUUCCGGGACUCGGAGCGCUUCGAGAGCGACUGGAGAGCGCGGCCGGCGGCCACCGAGAGCUUCGAGGACUUCCCGCCCCGGCGCGGCGACGACGGCUUCGGAGACAGGUAUCGGGAUCGCUACGACGACCGGUACCGCGAGGGUCCGCGCCGGGACAUGGACCGCGCCUUCGGGAGCAGGGAUCGCUACGACGACCGCAGCCGGGACUACGACCGAGGCUACGACUCGCGGCUGGGCGGCAGGAGAGCCUUCGGCAGCGGGUACCGCCGGGACGAGGAGUUCCGCAGCGAGCGCUACGAGGAGCGCGGGGAGCGCUGGGCGGCGCGGGAUGACUACGGCCGGGAUGACUUCCGGCGCGACGACAGAGCCCCCACGCAGCGGCCGAAGCUGAACCUGAAGCCCCGGAGCGCCCCGAAGGAGGAGGAGGCGCCGGGGGGGGCCCCCGCGGCCCAGUCCGUCCGCGCCGCCUUCAUCUUCGGGGGGGCCAAGCCCGUGGACACGGCGGCGCGGGAGCGCGAGGUCGAGGAGCGCCUGCAGAAGGAGCAGGAGAAGCUCCAGCGCCAGCUCGAGGACGAGAAGAGGCUCGAGAGGCGCCCGCGGGAGAGGCACCCCAGUUGGCGCAGUGAGGACAACCAAGAGCGCUCGAGGACGGGCAGUGAAUCCUCCCAGAGCGGCCCCCCCGGCACCGCCGCGGGCACCGGCCCCACCGGCAGGACCACCCGGAGGAGGGAGAGCGAGAAGUCCCUGGAGAACGAAGCUUUGGCCAAAGAGGAGGAGGCGCCGUCCCCCCCCGGCCCCAAGGCCAAGGAGGAGAAGCAGCCGCUGAAGGUGAUGCCCGCGCCGCCCCCCAAGGAGAACGCGUGGGUCAAGCGGAGCAGCCACCCCCCGGCGCGGUCCCAGAGCUCCGACUCGGAGCAGCACUCCCCAACCAGGUGGGUGCCGCGGGGCCGGCUCCGGGUCAGCCCCAGGAGCGAGCUCUUGGUGUUCUCCUUCAUCCCCCGUUGA